UAUAUGAGCAAAUAAUAUAUCAUUGGAAUACAACAAAAUGCAUAGAGGAAUUAAAAAUCUUACAGCAAUACACCAAGAUCGGAUAUUUAAUGACAAUUACCAUAGCAACAUUCUUCUAUUUAUGCGUAUAUAUGUUCAUAAUAAUGCAAAUUUUACCAAAAUUCCUUGACAUAGUGGCGCCCUUAAACGAAUCGCGUUCCUACGAACUUUUUGCUAUAGCCACAUUUUUCUUCGAUCAAGAAAAAUAUUUCGUUCCAAUAUUUCUGCAUAUGACAGUGGCGCUUUCAGUAGAAAUAACUAUAAUAGUAGCCACCGAUACAAUGUGCUUGAUAAGUACGCAACAUGCUUGUGCUCUAUUUAAAAUUGCCAGUUUUCGCAUAGAACAUGCAUUUGAUUGCGAAAUACACAUAUCUGCGAUGGAGAAAAACGCGACGUAUUACACUAAUAUAAUCAAUGCGAUAACCACUCAUAAUCGAGCUAUCAAGUUUUUCGAAUUUCUUAACUGCCACUUCGAAGUAUCUUAUUUCAUAUUACUUAUAUUAGGUGUGUGUUCUGUAAGCAUUAAUCUGUUUCGUAGAUUAACAAAUUGCAGUGACGAAAUAUUCUAUAAAACAUGCGAAUUGCCUUGGUAUACUGUCUCUAUUCGAUGUCAAAAAAUGCUCCAAUUCAUAAUGCAACGAAGCAUAAAAGGCAAUAAAUUUAUAAUAUUCGGCUUAAUUGACGCUUCACUUGAACGCUUCGCUUCGCUUGUGAGCAUCUCUAUGUCUUACUUCACAGUUUUUUGGUCAAUACAAAGUUAAGAUUUCUAUGGAUAAUUUGCAUAAUUAUCACAGAGACGAAAAUUCUUCUCAAAACCUACAAGGCUAAUCGAAAUGCAAAAUUACAAGUAACAAGAGAAUUAUGAUUUAUUUGUUUAAAUAGUUAAAUCGACAUCUUAGAAUUCACUAUGUAGCAUGAUUAUAUUAAA